CGUCUUCCAUCGCGACUUUACUAUCUUAUUGACUUAAUUUAUCACUUAAACAUCAAUCCCCAUCGAUCUGCCAUAUAAGGUACCUGUCUAGUUACAAAACAUCUACGGAUAGCUACACAUCAAUCAUAUAAUUUGCGCUUGAGAUUGAUUAUACCGAAUUAUGCGAACCUAACUUAUUGGAACCUUUAGUUUUCCAUGGCGUAGGAGGCGCACAGUAACUGACAUCAUGCCUGCCUUCUCCGCCAUCAACGUAGAACCGGAAGAAAAUAUCGACGAAGAGAUCGACAAUACUCGCGAAAUUCAGAUAGAUGAAGCUUUGAAACGUUUCCAAACAGCUCUAAAGCUCCACGCCCAGGGCCCUAAUCAUUAUCCUGACGCUUCCGCGGCGUACGAUUUCCUGUUUCAGUCUGAAAUAUUCCGAUAUCCCGAGAGCAUCACCGAUUUCGAACGCGCCGAACGACAGUCCGAUCCCCGCCACCUUGAUCUCGACCCAUUCCCUCAGCCUCUCGAUGCUGCUCAGGCUGAUAUUGACGGCAGCGGAAGUAGCUUGCCCCAAACCCUUUACCUCGCAUACAAAAACUAUGGCCAGUUUGCCCUUGACAGUAUUAGAUCUCUAGCAAGCGAGGAAAAAGACUCACUAGCCGGGUUGAAGGACAAGGCCGUCCUUGCAAAUGCUCAGAAGGCACUUGGCGAAUUCAGCUCGGCCUUGGAUUUUGAUCCGUCUGAUGCCGAACUUUGGAGGAGGGCUGCGCGCGUUGCCGCAUUUUUGAAAAGUCCUAGAGUUAGUCGAUACUGUCUUGAGGCGGCAAUCGAGCUUGAAGAUGAUCCAGCUGUCGAAGAAAUCGAGCCUCCCUCUCUCGCCGAGGCAUUCGCCGGGGAACAAUUAAAGAGGCAACUUGAUGUUUUAUCCGACCACCUUGCACUAUCGCACCCAAUAAUGACGCCCUUCCUUAAGAGAUCAAUACCAGAUCAACUGAAAAGGCAUCUAGACCCCUUUCCAUUCCUGCCAAAUUAUACCGAUUCACUUGCUCCACCAGAGGUUCCAGCUCUAGCUGAUGAACAGCAACCACGACGCCUCGUAAUCGAUGUUUCUAUAGCAUCGUGGGCUGAUUUAGGGAUGUCAAUUGUUCAUCAUGUUGCGGCUCAAGGCAUCUCUGGGGAAGCUGUGACUUUGAAUGUACCUGAAAUACCAGUGACCCAAGAAGAUGCCCAGACACUUGUGGAAAGAUCGAAACCGGAGUCACUUAAGGAGACACCAUUAAGCCAAAGAAGUCGGGAAAAUGGCACGGUGGCGCAACUCAAAGACGACCAGAAUGAUUCACCUAAGGAGUGCACCGCCGAAGAUGUACGCGCUGAGAGGAGCGCCUCUGUUCUUUCUCGAAAGCGUUCACUAUCUAUAGCGGGCCUAGCCGAGGGGGGCGAUGAGGAGGUCGUCGACCGCAGAGGAAGCAAGCGUAUUCGACGUCGAGAAAUUGCUGGGGAAAUCAUGGAUACGAACACACAACACGCAACCCAAUUACAGCCAUUCCAAGCUGCUGACCAGAAUCUUUUCCAAAUGACUCGUAACAUGAUAGAGAAUAUUGGAGUCACGGAUAGAGAUACUCUUGAUCGACUAGCUGAAGUACUCGAUUCAUGUGCCUCUUCUACUCGUACUGCCAAGCUCGAACGAACUUCUAUGGUUGAUCUACGUAACUCACUUGUGGGAUUUGACGAAGAGAGCACCAGAGUAGUCCUUUCUAAAAAGGAGGCAUCAUCUGUGGGAUUCGCAUCGUUCCUCGAACACUCCAAGUCUGGAUCUCAAAAUAAACCAGAAAUGCCCAUGUUUCAUGACACAAAGGGUCUAGAGUCAUUCGUUCAGAGGGUGAAUGCGAAUUGGUUGGGGAUUCAGGAGGUUGCUUUCGAAUGGGUAAGACAUGUGUGUACUACUUAUCUCACGAGCAAGUGGUCCGAUUCCAUGAAGACUGCGGUUGUCCAAGUAAUCAGUCAUUUGGAUGAGGACAUCUGGAACCGCAUGCGAUAUGAGCUGAAAUAUAUCGCUUCGUCUACAGACCCGGGCCAAACGUUAGCUACGAUUGACCGCAUGGUCCAGAUGCUCUUCGAAUUACACCUAGACGUAUAUGAGCGGAUUACAAAUCCUAACAGCGCCGUAGAUUUCGGUAUACGCAUGGAAACCAAAGGACGACUUGCACGCUGGUUUACCUUCGCUUCGCAGAUGAGCCGGGAUCGCGCCGAAAGUGCAGACGCUACCCUGUCUAUUCGAUUUCUCUGGUCUGCUGUUUUUUCUGUAACUCUGACAGAGGGCGUCUCCAGAGACCACAUUCUCCAAUGCUGGAAGAGUCUCCGCGAAAGGCUUGGGGAAGACGAGGUGUCUAUCGACAUCCAGCUUCCCAAUAACGCAAUUAUGCCCGAGGUCUCAGCGCACGCAGCUGAUAGAGAGAUUUCAAAACUGACAACAAUGGAUUUCUUCCUUGGGUUAUUCCAAAACGACCUCAGUGAUCCCGUGUCGAUCAUUGAGAGCCUGGAACCCGUCCUCAACCCCACCUCUGUCUGUACCGCAACAGGAGGGUUGGAUACGUCCGAGGCGAUGGCAGUUGACGAUGACUCCACGACCCCGGUGACUGGGGCUGGUGCAUUGCCCAUUUCCGAGACCGCAAAUCAAGGCCUUCGCGACCUUUGGAAGUUUCUUCUUGGGACCAGUACGGAAUUGAGAUUGUUCCUUUGGAGCCGGCUUGGAGAGGCCUACAGUGCUAUUGAUUACACCACAAAACAAUUCUCGUGCCUUCUUAAAAGUAUUGAGAUGGUUAUUACCGACUUUGAACAAGAUUCAUAUAUGGCUAUGUCUGCUGAAGCCCGCCGCCCUCUAUUUCUUAAGAUGCUUAAGUUCCUGGAUGAAUUGUUGGUACAAGCACUUUCGGUGGCACUGAACGAUCCGAAAGCUUUUGAAAUCAUCGACGAUGAGCACCUCAAGUCAAGUAUAUCAGCCUUGGUUAAAGUAUGUUGCGUGCUACAUGUCUCGUGUAUGUAUGAAGAUGAGGUACGCGUUGGCAUGAAACAACAUGCUUCCAAUGGCGCGACCUUCCAGUCUUUCUUGGGAAAACUACGUGAGAUGCAGGUUAGGAACUGGUCUCUGUUAUACACCAUGUUAAAGACUGGCAUCGCACAAAACAAGGCAGGGUUUACUACGCCGGAAAAUGACCUGGCUGAUUACCUGGCGGCCAUUCAUCAAGUCUUGGGUCUUAGGAAAUUUUGCAAGUCGUCUGGCAAGAUAUUCCUCAAGAUGAUGCGAGUGGAACUUUUGAAGCAGAGCCUCAUAGACAACUGGGAAGAUUACCUCGCUCAAGUCCUUUAUGAUCUUUAUGGCUUAAAACUAGGGGUUGGCCUAAGUGAGGUACAAGACCAUGGCUGCCCCCCUGAAAAGCUCGAGCGCCGUAAUACCACCGCCCUAGUGGAGAGGGUAUCCGUUCUCGCCAAUCGCAUGCCAAUGAAGGACUUGCUAAAGUCAGACAUCAAGACAACGAUCGAGCAUAUGCAACAAGCCAUCGGGCAAACCAAAUCCAACCAACAGUUCAUACAGAAUUUGCGGAUUUUCAAUCAAACCCUGCAGAGGCCCAUCCCACCUCUUCGCUUAUACGAAGCACUCAAGGGUAACAUCUCUAUCGAUGCAGUGACUGUCACUACCCCGGACAGCGCGUUGGCUAAGCACAGAUGGUUCUUUCUUUUAGGAAUGAUAGCAUUUACUAAGUUUAAAGGAGUAGAUCUUAACAGGAGACAGACUCCAGGCGCAACAGACGAUCUUCGUAUCGGUGCUACAUUUCUACGCCAGCAACUCCAGUUCACCCCUGAUCAGUGGGAUGCAUGGUUUAGAUUAGCCGAGUGCUUCGAUUAUGAGCUCGAUGAAUCAGUACUCUGGACGGCAGAUAAGAUGAACAAGGAGAGGGCAGAGUUAGUGAAAUACCAACGGAGCGCAAUCCACUGUUACACACUUGCCUUAUCACAAUCUCGAAACACCUUCCUUGAAGCCCUAGGGGAGUGUACUGACGACAUCCACGACAUGUACCACAAGUUCGGCAUGCGUAUGUAUGCUUCGAGCCGAGAACCGUUUGCAAUGGAACCAUUCCGUCAUCCCGAGCACAAGAGGUUCAUUAUCCAUGAGUCCGGCGUGGAGUCUAAAGAUCUUCACCCCCAAAUGGAUGACUACAAAGUUUGGAAGUAUGCCUCUGGGUUAUUCAAGAAAGCCAUGGAAGUAAAGCCAAAGCAGUGGCAAAAUCCGUACAUGGUAGCCAAGUGCAUCUGGAAAAUGUACCAGAAACACCCAACAUCCCUUGAGCAUAGAGAUAGACGGGAUCGACCAACCAUACAGACAGUUAUCAGCGCUCUUGAAAAGGCGGUCCAAGUCGUGUCCGCUCUACCAAAGCCACGUCAUGGUCAAGAUCCGAUUCUAGAGCCUCAUUACAAAAUCGUAUCGAUUAUGCAUAAACUUGUUACGCGAGGAGAUAUAUCACCGCAAGAAGCGGCAGAUAUACUCCAGCGUCAGCCAUAUGCAGUUCGAAAUGGGGAACCCGUUGAAAUCGGCGAGCCAGAAGACUGGGAACCAUACGUUAUCCAAACACUCAGCCAUCUGCGGGAGAAGGAUAGAUCAAAUUGGCAGCAUCGCAUCAUCAUGCGCCACGCCAGGAUACUCUUCGAUGAGAACUCGGAGGAACAAGGCUACGUUCAGGCAAUGGCCGCUUUCGGCGUUCUCCGGGAGUCUAUGCUAACCAAGACUAUGGUGAUGAACGUAUGGAAGUGCGACGCAGAACGGCCUGGCCGACAUCAUGUUUAUACUGAGCAGUAUGUUCGAUUUGUCGUCAAACUUUUGAUCGUGCUGAAAGACCGAACGAAUUUCGAGGCCUUGCUCCGACGUCUACGUAAGAAAGGCGCCGAUUUCUAUCAUUUCAAUGAGCUUUGGCAAAACUGCUGCCUCGAAUAUCUACGGCUUAUCCGGCAGACGUAUCAGAUCCCAUCCGUACUGGAGGAUGAUUUCAAAGCCUCAAGUCCUGAAGAGUUUGACAUCAUCGCAUCUAGGAUCAGUGAUUGGUCUUCAGAUCCAACCUCGUCUCAUCCUGCACUUAGCGCUUUGCAAGAGACUAUCGAGUUAAAGAAGCUUAAUACUGGAUUGAUGAAGGGUAGCGCCAUUGAUGAUUUAAUCACCGAUUGCUAUACGGAAUUAUAUUUUGAUUUGCGAAAAUCUCUUCCGGGACCACCUGUCUCUACCCUAAUUGCAGAACGGGAACAAGCACGCCUUCAGCAGGAAGGCCGCCAAUCUGAGAAGGUGCCGGAAGUCAAACUUGCGAACCAGCUAAGCAGUCUCCUAAACCCACAGCCACACGAGAACUCGGGCGCAGAGAAUGGUGUAGGAGAAUCCGCGCCGGUGAAUUUGGAAGGCGCACAACGGCCUCGCAAGGCUGGAAUACGACGCGCUGAUAUUCUCCGCAAGGCGGAGCAGGCAGCCAUGCGUGCUCAAGAGGGCCCGAAACCAGCUAGCACCAAAUCCCGAGGGUCCAUUUCCAGUGGCAAGACGCCUGCUGUAGAGGAAAAGGAUGACGACCCGAAUGAUGAUUCAAGGAGUGAUGAUGGCGGUCUCGACGAGGAUGUGGAGAUGAAGGACGAAGAAGCUGAUGGUGAUAUAAGCUCAGCCCCCGGUAGCGUCCACGACUCAGCCGAUGACGAAAGCGACCUUAGUGACGCGCCGCCAGAGGACGUGUUGGACGAAGACGAGGCUCAGCAACUCAUGUUCCCCAACUUGACUCGCAGGAGCAUGAACGGACUAAUGGGAGAUUCUAGCAGCGAAGGCGCCAAUGGCGAAGAUUCUUCAGACGGGGAGCCUGACGAAGACGAUGAAGCUGAGGAGGCCGAAGAUAUUGAGGAAGCGGAGGAAGCGGAGGAAGCAGAAGAAGCAGAGGAACUUGAAGAGUAAAAGCGUUUAUAUACGGCUAGCCUUUGCACCCAUUAAAUGGUAUGAUCAGAGGUUUGUUAUUGGGAUUUUUAGCGCUAUCGUCGAUAUGGCAAAAUUUAGUAGGGCAGUAGUCUAUUGCUCGGCCUUGGAUUGUAAGGGUUGGGUGUUUCACCUGUUAUGAGCACCACAAACGUCUUCUUCAUGAUCCGGCCAACGAGGGCCAGUUCUAUCCGGAACUAGAUGAGCAAAAUAGUAAACAAUAGAGUAAUGUCUACAGAAUGUUGACUAUUAAGUGGUGCAGAUGGAGCGCUCCUCGGCAGUCAGUCA